AUGGGGUGCUGCCCAGGGGAUUGCUUCACCUGCUGUCCUCAAGAGCAAGACGGCUGUGAAGUGUGCUGUUGUCAGCCCUCCUGCUGUGGCUGCUCCGGGCCGUGCUGUGGUUCCUGCUGCGGCUGUGACUCUGGCUGCGGAAGUUGCGGGCCCUCCUGCUGCGGAUCUGGCUACGGGGGCUGCGGAGGUUGCUGCAGCAGCUGCUGUGGAUCUAGUUGCUGUGGCCCCUCUGGGUGCUGCGGCCCUGUGUGCUGCCAACCCAGGCCUGUCUGCGAGAUCAGAUGA